GCCCGCUCAAAAGCUAAAUCAGGCCAGACAUAACGUACUUGCGCAUCCACUCAAACCCGAUCCCUUUAGCAUCCCCCGCGGUCAUCCUUGUAAGAGUGCUCAGGUGUCCGAACAUCUGAUGUUCGCCCAUCUAUGUUUAUUCCUAUAUUUCGGCCCCAUGGGGCCCGUCUUCGGGCCCAAGAAGUGGAUCGGAGGCGAGAAAUUGACCCCAUGGAAGCGGCAAGACUUGUAAAGCCGCGGAGUGAAAAAGUCAUAUCGGCAGAUGUCUGGAGAGUGACCCUUCGCCGGACUUUCUGGUGCGGGCACACAGGGGCACCCCCAACGUUGGCCCGCAAGGUCGGAUCCCAGACCAACGACGUCGUGUUUCUCAUGACGUGGAUCCCCAGAGGUCUGGACCCCUUCCCAGGGAUGGGCUUCUCAUCCUGAGUCUGUUUUUGACGGCCCUGGUGCCCAGCAAAGGCCCCCAGAGGUCCAGAAUUGCAAGAGAACCGUCCGUCGUGAUGGUUCACGACGCGAGGGGGUCUGGGGAGGCCACUCUUGCCUCGGGUCACUCCCUGCGUGCGGUCGGCAGGCGUGGCCGCUCCGGGGACCAGGUCCUCGGUCGCGGCGGCGCCCACGCUGCCCGCAAAGCCGUCGGAGUAUCCAGCUGACAGGCCGUUCAUGAUACCCGGGCUGCAGAACCGGGUGUACACGGAGCAGGAGCUCGGAGUGCGAAUCACAACACGUUGCAUCAACAUACGUUGGCCUGUGCGGAUCCAGCACAGCGAUUUCUUGCAAUCUACGCGGUGCCGUCUACGUGGUGCAGUCAAUGUGGUGCUGUCUAGGUGGCGCAAGCGAUGUGGUGCAAAUUAUGUGGGGCCGCACCGGGGCCUCUUACAAGGCCAAGUGAGAAUCCUUGAGCGCAAGCACUGUUUGGGGAACGUGCCCUAGCUCCGCGCGGAUUUCUCGUAUCGGCGUUGGGCGCCCCCUGUCAGCGCCUCAGGCGCUGCCCCUAGCGCGCUCCUCGCGCCAGGGAGGGAGGUGCAGGGCCGAUCUAAGACGUCCGCGUGGCCCCCAAACGCUGAUGUUCAUGCAGAUGUGUUUCUUCCAGGAAUUGGAUAACGCGUUUGCGAUGAUGGACCUGGACAACCACGGGGUCCUCGACGAGAGGGACCUCCGCCGCGUGCUGGACCUCUGCGGCGAGAGCGAGCCCACAAACAGUGAGGUCCUGGAGAUGGUCCGCAUGCUGGACCCCGAGGGCAGCUGGAAGGUCAGGUUUCUGCCGUUCCGCAAGGGCUUUACCGAUCCCCCGCUGCUGUUUCGCAACUUCGACCUGAACCGGAAGGAGUCCUCGAAAGCUGACGGGACUUCGGACGUUGGAACUGGGACCACGGGUGGCUCCUCUGGCUCCAGACAGGAACACAUCGACAAACGUGGCAUGGCCGUCGCGCAGAUCAUGGGGAACCGACGCCUUCAGCCCGACAUCAUCAAGGACAUCUACCAGAAGUGUAUACAGAUGGACACGCAGGAUUCAGGCUUCAUCUCGUUCGAAGCAUUCUGCCUUGUGGUUGACAGGCCGCGAACCGAGGCCAUGAAAGAAGCCUUCGAUAUCUUCGACGUCGAUGUGAUGGGUGAGCUGGAUCUUCGCAUUUUUGUGGUAGGACUUGCUCUCUAUUCUAUGUCGGCCGAUGAAGACAAGCUGCGGUUCAUUUUCAUGAUGUUCGACGAGGAGCAGCAAGGUACCCUGACAGGCGACGAGAUUGCGGGCGCCUUCAAGGCACUGACGCCUUUCUUGCCUGCGUACAUGCGGGACGCCCACAUCAGGAGGAUGUACUCCGGAGCCAAUCUGUCGAAGGCUGCGGGCAUCCCCCUCGACGUGUUCGUGAAGUACGUCACCGACCACAGGGCCGAGCUGCUGCCCUCCAGCGUCUCGAGCUCCUCCAAGGAGGGCUCCUCCAGUGGCACGCCACCGAACCAGACCGCCACGCCACCGUACCAGGGCUCCGCCGGCGGCACGCCCCCAGCCCUGGGCUCCACGCCCCGCUGAGGACAGGCAGCGACCAGCUCGCCCCGGGCCGUAGCUUGCCGCGUGGCAGUCGAGCGUAGCAUCUGGCGGCUGCGAGCGGGCCAACGCGGCGCCCGCGCUCGCGGAUGCCGCGCGUGCACGUGCCUUCGGAGAGCUUGGGUGCACCACCCUGGCUCCUUUCCGGGCACGCUGGCCCCUCACCCUCUUCCCCCUCAUUCACCUACCGAUGGCGCCGUGCCCCGCAGGCCCUCCCGCGACCGUUUCUCGCGCGAGCGCGGCGGAGCACCCGUAGUGCCGCCACGUGGGAAA